UAGUGGUUUCUCUCUGUAUGACACACAUGCACAAACAUAAACAAAAUUGAAACCUCUAUAAUCAAUUGCUUUAUAAGCUCAUAAAAAUAUGGCAGUGAGUUAUGGCAUCAAGCUUACACAAAAUCACUUCUAAAAGUUCUUUUAUGUUCAGCAAGUUCAAUCUCUCCAAUGGGUAAUAAGUGCAUAUACAUGUUUAAGAGACUAUUCAGGUUUGCCACUUCAUUGAAGAAAAGUAUCACACCAAAAGGUAGAAGAAUUUUGCACAGGGAUGUGGAAAAAGAAGAAUUUCAAUAUGCUAGUAGUCAUUGUCUUUCAUCCUACUACAGUGUGUUUGUGGUUAGAUUAGCAAUCAUGGUAAUGCUGGCUAUAUUGAUAGGACUAUUGACAAUAUUAACAUGGCAUUUCACAAAGAUAUAUACAGCAAAAUCACUUAGUAGUUUGGCAUAUGGUUUGCGUUAUGAACUUCUUCAACGUCCAAUUUUGAGGAUGUGGAACAUUUUGAAUGCUACUUCUGAAAUUACAACUGCUCAAGUCAAGUUGUCUCAGUAUGUUAUCAGACGUUACAGCAACUCUGCAUCUCAAGCAGAGCAAGUUGAGCAGCUGUAUGAAGCAAUGAGGGCAGUAACAUGGGCACUAUUUGCUAGUAGAAAAGCUCUAAACUCAAUAACAAUCAAUUACAAGAAUGGUUUUGUUCAAGCAUUCCAUAGAGAUCUAAAAGAUAACAACACAUUUUACAUAUACUCAGAUCUUUCAAACUAUUCCAUGGUAGCCACAACCUCAAAUAUUGUCAAACCCCUUUCAUCUCAUCAAUCUUGGGAUGAUAAAUCUCUUCAUGGUAAUUUUUCAGCAAUUUGGUAUAGAGAGCCACUUGAUCCAGUCACAGGUGAAAAAAUUGGAAAAGCAAUGAAAAUUGCACCUGAAGAUUUGAUAAACAUAGCAGGACUUUCUCAAGUUCCUGAUGGUUUAGCUACAUGGCAUGUUGCUGUUAGUAAAUUUACAGAUUCACCCUUGCUUUCAGCAGCAUUGCCUGUUUGGGAUUCUUCUAAUAAAAGUAUUAUGGCAGUUGUUGGUGUGACAACUGCUUUUUAUAGUGUUGGACAGUUAAUGAGAGAGUUAGUUGAGAUGCAUAGUGGUCACAUGUAUUUGACUUCACAAGAAGGUUUUUUACUUGCAACUUCUACUAGUGCACCUUUGCUUACAAAUUCAACUAAGCCACCAAAGCUUAAAAUGGCUGUGGAUUGUGAAGAUGGUGUUAUAAGACUUGGAGCUGAGUGGUUGCAGAGAACAUAUGGUAACCAUUUGUCUUCAACUCAUGAGGUUCAUGUUGAGAAUGCUAAGCUAGGUCAUCAGCAAUAUUACAUUGAUACAUUUUACCUAAACUUGAAGAGACUUCCUUUGGUAGGUGUAAUCAUCAUACCAAGAAAGUAUAUAAUGGGGCAGGUGGAUCAGAGAGCCUUCAAAACUUUGGUUAUUCUGAUAUCUGCAUCUUUAUGUAUUUUUGUCAUUGGAUGUGUUUGCAUUUUGAUAUUGACAAAUGGAGUGUCAAAGGAAAUGAAUCUAAGAGCAGAACUCAUAAGUCAGCUUGAAGCAAGAAGGAAAGCUGAGGCAUCAAGCAACUAUAAAAGUCAAUUCCUUGCAAACAUGAGUCAUGAAUUGAGGACACCUAUGGCAGCAGUAAUUGGAUUACUUGACAUUCUUAUAUCUGAUGAUUGUCUCACAAAUGAACAAUAUUCAACAGUUACUCAAAUAAGAAAAUGCUCAACUGCUCUACUCCGUCUUCUUAACAACAUAUUGGAUCUAAGCAAGGUGGAGUCAGGAAAACUUGUCCUAGAAGAUGCAGAAUUUGACUUGGGACGUGAACUUGAAGGACUUGUAGAUAUGUUUUCUGUUCAGUGCAUUAACCAUAAUGUAGAGACUGUUUUAGACCUUUCUGAUGAUAUGCCAAAAGUAGUUAGGGGUGACUCUGCUAGGGUGGUUCAAGUUUUCGCAAAUUUGAUCAACAAUUCAAUUAAGUUUACUACAUCUGGUCAUGUUAUUCUGAGAGGAUGGUGUGAAAACCUGAAUUCUUGCAAUGAUAGUCCAAAUUUUUAUCUUGAUCAGAAGAAAUCAAGGACUUUACAUAAGAGCAAAGAGAAGCCAAAUGCAAAUCAUGCAAAGAGAAUAUCUAUGAGAGAUAACAAAAUGAUACUUUGGUUUGAAGUUGAGGACACAGGCUGUGGUAUUGAUCCAAGCAAAUGGGAUUCUGUGUUUGAAAGCUUUGAGCAAGCUGAUCCAUCAACUACUAGACUGCAUGGAGGGACUGGUCUUGGUCUGUGCAUUGUUAGGAACUUGGUUAAUAAGAUGGGCGGAGAAAUCAAGAUUGUCCAAAAGGAGGGUCAAGGAACAUUGAUGAGAUUAUGCUUGCUUCUCAGUGCACCCAUGGUUGUCACAGAACAACACUGUGAAGUAAAUUUGACAGACAAUGGCUUAGUGGUAUUGCUUGCACUGCAAGGUAACAUGGGUAGAUUAAUAACAUCAAAGUGGUUACAGAAAAAAGGGGUGUGCAUAAUGGAAGCAUCUGAAUGGAAUGGACUAACUCAAAUUUUGAGGGAACUCUUUCAUCAUGCAAGAAGUUCAAUCAAUAAUAAUAACUUUGAUGCACACUAUCCAAUAAAUCUUGAAGGAUUUAAGUCCAAACUACUCAGCAUCAAAGAUAUGAGAAACCCAAUUUUUGUCAUUGUUGUUGACAUUGGUUUACUUGACUUAAGCACAGAUAUAUGGAAGGAACAGCUUAACUUUCUUCACAAGUAUUUUGGUAGAGCAAAAUUUGUAUGGUUGUUAAAUCAUGACACAUCAAAUACUAUAAAGAUGGAGCUUCGUAGGAAAGGACACAUACUAAUGAUUAUUAAACCUCUUUACAAAGCAAAAAUGGUUCAUAUUUUGGAGGCUGUUAUAAAAGAGAGAAAUCUUGAGCCUCAAAAGAAAAACAUGAAUGGUCCAAAGGGUGAUUUGCAUGAGUUUCUUGAGAUUGAUUCAACUCAUUUUGAUGCUGCUAGCUCUGAUGAUUCUGACAUAUCUGAAAAACCAUUUGAUUCUAAUCCUGUGAAUAGUAUUAAUGGAGAAAAACCAUUUGUAAAAGAUCAUAUGAGUAACUGUUUGGCUAGAUUAACCAAUGAAAAUGAACAUUUGGAAGAAGAAUCAUUGUCCACUAAAGAAACAAAUUUUACAACAAAGGCUCAAAAUGAAGAUUCUGAAUGUGAGGGGACUUAUAGAGUCACUAGGCCAAGUAAAGCAGUAAAUGAUAAGAAAUCUCUUGAGGGUUUAAGGAUUUUGCUUGCAGAAGAUACACCAGUGAUUCAAAGGGUUGCAACAAUAAUGCUUGAAAAAAUGGGAGCUGUUGUUGUUGCUGUAGGUGAUGGACAACAAGCAGUAGAUGCUCUUAAUUACAUGGUAAGUGGUGAAGACUGUAGAAGAGAGUCUCUUCUGAAGGAAAGAAAUACAAGAUCCCAAACUGAGAUUUUGAGUUGCCAUCCAUAUGACUUGAUCCUUAUGGAUUGUCAGAUGCCAAAGAUGGAUGGAUAUGAGGCAACAAAAGCAAUAAGGAAAUCAGAGGAGGGAACAGGAAAGCACAUUCCAAUAGUUGCUCUCACAGCUCAUGCAAUGUCUUGUGAUGAAGCCAAAUGCCUUAAGGUGGGAAUGGAUGCUUAUUUAACAAAGCCAAUUGACUUCAAGAAGAUGGUUUCCACCAUUCUCUCACUCACUAAAUCAACAACUUGACUUCUCCUCAAUAGAAAUGUAUAGAAGUUUAUAUACCACAUAUUAACAUCACAAGUUACAGCUUGAUGACAUCAUGUAUUCUAAAAUGUAGAUCAAUUUUCCUUACUGAGCUCACUUGUAUUGUUUCAGUAAACGGCUAUAGUGAUCUUUCUGUGUACAAACUUAUAUUCACAUGCUGCCUAAUAAAAAUAAAUUUAAAUGGCAAUGUA